CCCCCCCCCCUGCGAGAAAAGAUUUCUCGCUCUCUGGCUAUCAACUUCAUGUUAUGCGAUCUCAGCAUGGCUGAAUCAGAGUACGAUAAAGCAGAUUUUAUCAAGAACCUAAUAGCAAAGACAUUCUACAAGGUCGAACUAAUAGAUGAUUCUGGCUGGGGGUUUCAUUAUGUAUUCGAUAUGUCUGAGAGACGUUCCAUCAAAGAACAGCGUUUGAAAACGAUGAGACGGAUAUCUGAGAAGCCUCAAAGUGAUCCUCGCCCAGUAUCGGUCGAUGUACGUAAGAAAGAUCUGAAUGAAAGAUGUCCCCCACAAGCGACAUGGACCGGACUGGUAUUCGGAAAGUUUAGUAGGACAAUAUAUUUCUCCAAAUGCCUGCCCCCCACUCCCCCCAAGUGCAACCACCGAACUGGUAACCAGGGGCAGGUUGCAUGGCGUUCUGGUUGACGGCUGUCCAGAUACCGGGUCGUGCGUGAAUAUCGUAUCAUACGACUUUGUUCGACGACAAAAGUGGAAUUUCCAGCCCCAUUCGGAUCUGCCACACAUCCAGUUGCCUGGCAGGGGAACCGUUCGCCCGCUGGGCACCAUCACACUGCCGUGGAGGUUUGAGGGAGAAGAGAGGGCAUAUGAUAUUAUCUUCCACGUCCUGGCCAAGUGUGUCCAUCCGGUCAUUCUCGGCCGCAAGUUCCUGGCAUCUUCCGGAUCUCUGGGGCAGUUCUUCAGCCGGAUGAAAAGAAAAAUCAUCAGCAUCACCACCGGCAGGAAGAAUCGGCUCUUCCUCCUUGAUUCUCCCAGAGAAAGAGGAGUAGGGUCUUGGGGAAAGCUGAACGGCCAUGCUGCCUGCGCGCUUGCAGACACCGGCUCGGAUGUGAUGGUGAUAUCCCUUGAUUUUGCCAAAUCGCUGAACUUGGACAUUGAAACCGAUUCGUGGCGCAGAGAGUGGCUGGAACUCGCAGAUGGCUCUAUCACACGCACUAAAGGCAUCGUUCGGGGGGUUGAAUGGACGUUUGGCGAUGAAAAUGUCAAAUAUCGAUGUGAUUUUGUCGUCCUUGAUAACAUUGAGUACGAGGUCAUCCUGAGCAAUGAUUUCCUCUUUGAGAACCGCAUCUUUCAGACCCAGGACCUCUUUUCCUCGGAGCAGGAUGACAUGAUCGAAGCUCACCAAAGGACUCUCCUCAUCAUGAAACGAUGAAUUCCGUGCGAAACAGAGCAUGUGAGAAGGGCAGUCGAGGAAGACCGGAUAUCUCAAC